AUAUUUCAUCAGCUGAAGUUUAUCAUAUAAUUCGAAAUCCUUGAUGACCAAGCGAAUCCCGAUCAGUUUUUGCUUCGAUAUUGAUUAAACCAGAUCGUUUGUGAGUCCUGUUAUCUCACUUCACUAAAGAAGAAAUAGAAGAAGAUUGAAUAUUGUGAUUUUAGGCUACGGCGCCGCUUUAUGUCAGAUAGUCUACCAAUGCGAAUCGUUCCCCACUACCACGUGAACAGACAGAGUAAAUAAAACCAGCGUACCGCAUCCGCCCCAGUCUCUUUUCCACAGUGAUUACAAGGAAGCUUUAUUCAGUGCUGUUUACAAGGUUCAGAAUGCCAGAAACGUUAGUAAAUGGGUAUUCGAAUGGUCAUAUGCCAUAUGACAUGGAAGAUGGAUCUUCUUUUUUAUUCACAUCGGAAUCUGUUGGGGAAGGACAUCCAGAUAAAAUGUGUGAUCAGAUAAGUGAUGCUAUUUUAGACGCACAUCUAGAACAAGACCCAAAUGCUAAAGUAGCAUGUGAAACUGUAACCAAAACUGGAAUGAUCCUUAUUUGUGGGGAAAUAAAUUCGAAAGCUGUUGUUGAUUACCAGAAAGUUGUUAGGGAAACAGUAAAACACAUUGGAUAUGAUGAUUCAUCUAAAGGAUUUGAUUGGCGAACCUUCAAUCUUCUUGUGGCCAUAGAACAACAAUCACCAGACAUUGCGAACGGGGUACAUGAAAAUAGAAUUGAAUCGGACAUAGGCGCGGGAGACCAGGGUCUCAUGUUUGGUUAUGCAACAGAUGAAACAGAAGAAUGUAUGCCGCUCACAGUAGUAUUAGCUCACAAACUGAAUCACAAAAUCGCUGACCUCAGAAGAAAUGGAGAAUUUCCUUGGGCGAGACCAGAUUCUAAGACGCAGGUCACCUGUGAAUAUGCUUUCAAACAUGGAGCCUGCUUACCACUCAGAGUACACACGAUCGUCGUCUCUCUACAGCACAGUUCAGAAAUUUCAUUGGAGAAAUUGAGAACAGAAGUCACCAAUAAAGUAAUCAAGGAAGUCAUUCCAGAGAAAUAUUUAGAUGCGGAAACCAUUAUACACAUCAACCCAUGUGGAUUAUUCAUCAUCGGAGGUCCCCAAGGUGACGCAGGUCUUACAGGCCGUAAAAUUAUCGUGGACACAUAUGGUGGCUGGGGAGCUCAUGGCGGUGGAGCAUUCUCUGGGAAAGAUUUUACCAAAGUAGACAGAUCUGCAGCUUAUGCUGCUCGCUGGGUUGCCAAAUCUCUUGUCAAAGCUGGACUUUGCAAGAGAUGUUUAGUACAAGUAUCUUAUGCCAUUGGUUUGGCCGAACCACUUUCGAUCUCCGUUUUCGAUUAUGGCACAUCUAAAUUGUCACAGAAGGAGCUAUUGGCUGUGGUUAAGAAUAACUUCGACCUCAGGCCUGGCAAAAUUGUGAAAGAAUUGAAUCUCAGACAACCAAUCUACCAAAAAACAAGCACAUAUGGUCAUUUUGGAAGAGAAGGUUUCACCUGGGAAAACCCAAAGGUCCUUAAAUUAGAUUGACGAUCCCCUCAUUAAUUUAUCCCCUACUUUCCUAAUUCGAAUUUCCUUUUUAGCUCUCCUUAUUUCAGUAGUUCUUUCCCCAAGAUGGCACUCUGAACCUUGAGUUGAUCAUCACACAAACAUGGCAUUUACUGUGGAACGCCGGUCGACCUUGUACAAAUCACAGUAGUUGUCAAAUACUGUUCUAUCGUAGUUGAAAGCUGCUGCAACUUUGUGUAGAGUGAAACGUUCCCUUCCUGCUAGACUUGUUUCCACUCCACACCUUGUGUUGUGUUUACGAAAAAUCUAUUUGGAAAAGAGCAUUUCCGAAAACACUCCGAUUUGUAGAAGGUUCGAUUCUACGAAUUUAAUCUACUUCCGUUACCAGACGGUUUUAUCGACUGGUAGUUUGAAGCUGCCAUGGAAAUUUAAUGUUGUUUACAAUUUUUACUGAUUUUGAAUUAUUCUUCAAUAGUCUUAAUUAGUAUAAAACUUAGAAUAUAUAGAAUUUAAAUGUUCAUUAAAUUAUUCAUAAAAUUAUAUUGAAGCAAUUGAACGACGAAAGCAGAAAAUAGGUAAUUGGAAAAAUGUAUUUUUACCAGUUAAUUGUGUACUGUAAUUUUAAUUCACCUCCCAGUGGCAAAAAAAGAUCACUUUCUUUUAUGAUUUGAAAAUAAAAGUAGCUCUGGAAUUACUUUUUUAUCUCCUACUUCCUCAAGUCAAGUGAAACUGGAUCCCCGAAAGGAGUUUGCCUGGCAAUGGAAAAGUUUACGAGGCGAAAUUCUGAAGAUCUGCGUGCUUGCAAAAUAUGUGUAUUCUUGAGGAAAACUUCUGCUCUGAAAAAACGUUCUAAAUUGACGAAUAUUUGGAGAACCACAACUGUAAAUCUUGGAAAUACUUUAUUCCAUUCAACAGGCUGUACAAAUAUAUCAAUAAAUUUUAAUUUAUGUAA